UCCUCGUCUCAUUCAACCCUAACCGCAUAAAUAGUGUUCCGCCGUCUCCUUCCUCUUCCUCUUCCUCUUCCUCCUUCCUAGGGUUUCCCAGACCCUAGACGCCUUUAAUGGAGCACUCGAAGCGGAAGCGCGGCCGUAAGACCAAGAAGGCCGUCGCCGAGACCAUGGACUUCCAGAUGGCUGCAUCCGGUGCUCCUUCGCCGUCCGCCCUCGACGAGCCGCAAGAGAUCCCCGACUCUGCUUCCCCCAAGCCCCGUCGCGGAAGGGGCCGGCCCAAGAAGGCCACACGCCGCCAAAACCUUGCCCCCGCUGACUCUCCCGCCUCCUCCCCCAUCCGACGGGGCUCCCAGGUCGUCGCCAUCAACGGCGAGCACGGCGAGUCUGGUCUCGCCGUGGUCUCCCUCGAUCCGCCACCGCGGUGGGACCAGGUGGUGAGAGUCGUGCCCUCCAUGGACGCGGUCGUCAAGGUAUUCUGCGUGCACACGGAGCCAAACUUCUCGCUGCCGUGGCAGCGGAAGCGGCAGUACAGCUCGAGCAGCAGCGGGUUCAUCAUUGGAGGCAGACGAGUGCUGACCAAUGCCCACUCGGUCGAGCACUACACCCAGGUGAAGCUAAAGAAGCGUGGGUCUGAUACAAAGUACGUUGCUACUGUGUUGGCGAUCGGGACUGAGUGUGAUAUCGCUAUGCUGACUGUCGACAAUGAUGAAUUCUGGGAAGGCGUCUCUCCAGUGGAAUUUGGUUCCUUGCCAGCUCUUCAAGAUGCUGUUACUGUUGUAGGAUAUCCAAUUGGUGGAGACACAAUAUCUGUCACUAGUGGUGUUGUAUCACGCAUGGAAAUACUAUCCUAUGUCCAUGGUUCUACAGAGCUUUUAGGUCUACAGAUAGAUGCAGCCAUAAACUCAGGAAAUUCGGGUGGCCCUGCUUUCAAUGAUAAGGGAAAAUGUGUAGGUAUAGCAUUUCAGUCCCUCAAACAUGAAGAUGUGGAGAAUAUAGGUUAUGUCAUACCUACGCCUGUCAUUAUGCACUUCAUUAAUGACUAUGAAAAGUCAGGAGAAUAUACAGGAUUUCCUAUGCUUGGAAUUGAGUGGCAGAAGAUGGAAAAUCCUGAUCUGCGCAAAGCAAUGGAAAUGAAACCUGACCAAAAGGGUGUGCGUGUGAGAAGAAUAGAACCUACUGGACCAGAAUUUGAGUUUCUGAAGUCAUCUGACAUUAUCUUGAGCUUUGAUGGAGUUGAUAUAGCUAAUGAUGGAACUGUUCCAUUCAGGCAUGGUGAGCGCAUUGCGUUUAGUUAUCUUGUUUCUCAGAAGUACACCGGAGAGAAUGCUUUGGUCAAAGUCUUGCGUGAUUCAAAAGUUUAUGAAUUUAACAUAAAGCUUGCGACACACAAGAGGCUCAUUCCAGCUCACAUUAAGGGAAAACCCCCCUCAUAUUAUAUAAUUGCUGGCUUUGUGUUUACGGCUAUAUCUGUUCCAUAUCUUCGGUCUGAGUAUGGGAAGGACUAUGAAUACGAUGCACCAGUGAAAUUGCUGGACAAGCUUUUGCACACAAUGGCACACUCACAUGAUGAGCAGCUUGUGGUGAUAUCCCAGGUGCUAGUGGCAGAUGUUAAUAUUGGUUAUGAAGAUAUUGUCAACACUCAGGUAAUGGCUUUUAAUGGUAAACCUGUUAAAAAUCUGAGAACCUUGGCAAACAUGGUUGAAAAUUGCAGCGAGGAGUUUUUGAAGUUUGAUCUCGAGUACCAGCAGAUAGUAGUCCUCCAGACAAAAACUGCAAAGGCUGCGACACCAGAUAUCCUUGCAACACACUGCAUACCCUCUGCAGUAUCCGAAGAUUUGACGUCGUGAAGGGAAGGAAGGUAGCUGAAGACGUUAUUGAGCGUUAUAUUUCUGUGGAAGCCACAGAUGUUGGGCAUCAGUUAAUUAUAUGCUAUGGGAAGAUGUGUUGUUUUUACCAUAAUUGCCAAAAUUCUAGUGUAGCUAUCACACAGCAUGCCGUGUUGUCGUACAAUGUUCCACAGGAGAUGCAUGUUUAAAUCACUUAUGUAGAGUUUUUGGUAGAGCAAAACUGUCAGGUUUUCUUAUUCGUUCCAGAUGUAACCGUGAUAUAGCGCUACAGGGAAUCUGCUUUAGUAGUGACGUGUCCACCUAAUCAAUUUAAAAGUUAGAACCGUGUUAAA